AUGGCCUACGUCGUGCCCAUCCACCGGGCAAGCAGCAUCCGGCACGCUGUAAAGCUAGACUUUUUUCAAAAAGACGAAAAAUGCCUUGUUGCAGCCAAGUCCAAUCGUCUUGAAUUCUACACUGUCACGCCCGAUGGCCUCAUUCUGGCUGCGACGCGCGCGCUCUUCGCAAAGGUUACAAUGCUCGCACGCCUGCCCGCACCUUCACAUUCGCCCACCGACCACCUCUUCGUCGGAACAGACCAGUUCAACUAUUUUACACUGACAUGGGACCAUACAACGCAAGAAAUCAAGACAGCUCGCAGCUAUGUCGAUGUCGCCGAGCCCGCAUCCCGCGAAUCGCAAUGCGCUGCACGAUGCCUGCUAGAUCCCUCAGACCGAUUCAUGACACUGGAAAUAUACGAGGGUGUUGUUGUCGUCGUGCCGAUUGUACAGGCGACCAAGAAACGUGGUCGGGUCUCGACGGCGGCGUCGAUGCCGGAUGUGCCGCAAGUUGGAGAACUGGAUAAGCCGACGACGUCGCGGAUUGACGAGCUGUUCGUGCGGUCUUCUGCUUUCUUGUGGUCUGAGUCGAGUCCUUGGCUUGCGCUGCUUUACGAGGACAACCAGGCGAAAGUCCGGUUGCGGAUUCGCGAGUUGGAUUUCACGCCUGGUAGUUCGGGGACUUCGGCUGAUGCUACUUUUAAAGAGGUGCAGGAUAAGAAGCUUGAGGGGGGUGUGUUUGGGCAGGAACUUGAUCUUGGGUCGUCACAUUUGAUUCCUAUUCCUGGUCCGCUUGGUGGGUUGAUUGUUCUUGGGGAAACAACCAUCAAGUACAUUGAUGACCAUGCAAAUGAUGUUAUGACACGGAACCUGGAUGAAUCGACUGUUUUUGUUGCUUGGGAGAUGGUUGACAGUCAGCGGUAUUUGCUUGCUGAUGAUUACGGGAAGUUGUUUUUCUUGACUUUUGUCCUGAAUCACGCUGGUAAGAUUGAUGACUGGAAGCUUGAGUAUCUGGGAAACACGGCCCGAGCUGCAGUGCUGGUAUAUCUCGGCGGAGGAAUGCUGUUUGUUGGAUCGCACCAGGGUGAUUCGCAGGUGAUUCGACUCAGUGAUAAGUCGUUUGAAAUCAUUCAGACUCUGUCCAACAUUGCUCCCAUUCUUGACUUUACCAUUAUGGACCUGGGUGCCCGGUCGAAUGAGGGCCAAACGCACGAGUUCUCGUCUGGCCAGGCUCGGAUUGUCACGGGGUCUGGUGCUUUCGAUGAUGGUUCAUUGCGGAGUGUUCGCAGUGGUGUUGGCAUGGAAGAGCUGGGUGUGCUUGGUGAAAUGGAUCAUAUCACGGAUCUUUGGGGUCUCCAGACUCGGAGUUCUGGGGAUUUCUUAGACACGCUCAUUGUUACCUUUGUGGAUGAGACGCGUGUCUUCCAGUUCAGCCCCGAUGGUGAAGUCGAAGAACUGGAUAGCUUCCUCGGACUGACUCUCACGGAAAACACUCUUCUUGUUACCAAGUUGCCAGGUGGCCGAAUUUUACAAGUCACAGAACAACGAGCCCUAGUGGCUGAUCUCGAAAGCGGGAUGGUGACCUUCGAAUGGGCUCCCGAAAAUCGAAAGUUAAUCACCGCCGCAUCUGCCAAUGAUGAUCAUAUGGUUCUCGUCAUCAGCGGUCAGGUUGUAGCAUCAUUCGAUGUCAGAAACAACGUCCAACUCAUUACACAGAAAGAUCUUGGCGCUGAUCAACAAAUUUCCGGCCUGACUGUCCCGUCAUCACCCACGGGUAUCUUCAUUGCAGGCUUCCCUCAAUCGGCCAAUGUGUCAGUUAUAUCAGUGAAGGACUUAACUGUCCUGCAGACAAAUCCACUCGGCCCCACUGGAGAGAGUUUCCCUCGAUCAGUUCUCGUGGCUAAUGUCCUAGCGAAUAGCCAUCCUACGCUAUUCAUCUCGAUGGCAGAUGGCUGUGUCAUUACAUUCUCAUUGAAUCCGAAUGACUACUCUUUGACAGGCAUGACCAAGCUCGUUCUCGGAUCCGAGCAGCCGAUCUUCAAGAAGCUCCCCAAGGGCGAUGGUCUUUACAACGUAUUUGCUACAUGUGAAAAUCCCAGUCUGAUCUAUGGCUCCGAGGGCCGAAUCAUCUACUCUGCCGUGAAUUCCGAAGGAGCAUCACGCGUCUGCCAUCUCAAUGCAGAAGCAUACCCCGAAGCCAUUGCAGUGGCAACAGAAAAGGAACUCAAGAUUGCGUUAGUAGACAGAGAACGCACAACUCAGAUCCAAACACUACCAAUUGGAUCUACUGUCCGCCGAGUGGCAUACUCCCCAUCCGAGAAAGCAUUUGGGAUCGGCACAAUUGAUCGCAAGCUCAAAGACGGAGAAGAGGUCGUCGGCAGUCAUUUCAUCCUCGCAGACGAAAUCAUGUUCCGGCGCCUCGAUUCAUUGGAGCUGGAGACAGAGGAGCUGGUGGAAAGCGUCAUCCGGACUCAAUUCGCCACUGGUAAAGAUGAGAAUGGCCGCGAAACUUUCAAGGACCGCUUUGUUGUCGGCACGGCGUACGCAGACGAAUCUAAGGAGGGAUCCAUCCGUGGACGGAUUCUCGUUCUAGAGGUUGACCAUGGCCGCAAGCUUAGCAAGGUGGCUGAGUUGCAGGUUAAGGGUGCUUGUCGGGCGCUUACGAUGAUGGGUGAUCUUAUCGUUGCAGCUCUGGUCAAAACUGUUGUUAUCUACAGGCUCACGAACAGUAACUCGGGACCAAUGAAACUCGAGAAGCUGGCAGCAUACCGCACAUCAACCGCGCCUGUAGAUGUCAAUGUCGUUGAAGAUAUCGUCGCGGUAUCUGAUCUUAUGAAGAGUGUGUGCCUGGUCCAGUUCACUCCCGGAAAGGACGGGAAGCCAGAUAGCCUGGUUGAAAUCGGCCGUCACUACCAAACUGUUUGGAGUACGGCAGUUGCCUCCAUAGGCAAAGAUACUUUCCUUCAGAGUGAUGCAGAGGGCAAUCUCAUCGUCCUAUCACGGAACUUGAACGGCGUCACCGAGCAGGAUAAACAGCGGCUGGUGCCAACGAGUGAGAUCGCACUCGGCGAAAUGGUUAACCGCAUUCGACCGGUCAAUAUCCCGAAUCUUGCCAGUACGACGGUCGUUCCACGAGCGUUCAUGGCGACGGUCGAGGGAUCCAUCUACCUCUUCGCAGUGAUCAAUCCCGAACACCAAGACUUCCUCAUGACCCUGCAAACAGCCGUCUCCGCCAAGGUCGAUUCCCUAGGCAAUCUUCCAUUCAAUAAAUUCCGUGGGUUCCGCACGAUGGUGCGCUCAUCUGAUGCGCCGUACCGCUUUGUGGACGGUGAGCUCAUUGAGCUGUUCUUGACCUGCUCUCCAAGCAUGCAGGAGGAAAUUGCCGAAGAAGUGGGCUCUAUGAGUGUAGACGAGGUCAAGCAGAUCAUUGAGGCUCUGAGGAGACUUCAUUAG